UUCAUGGUGCUGUUCAACUACAUCAUCCCCGUCUCCAUGUACGUUACCGUGGAGAUGCAGAAGUUUCUGGGCUCCUACUUCAUAGCGUGGGACGAGGAGAUGUUCGACCAGGAGCUGGGGGAGGGGGCCCAGGUCAACACCUCCGACCUCAACGAGGAGCUGGGACAGGUGGAGUAUGUGUUCACUGAUAAGACAGGCACGCUGACAGAGAACAACAUGGAGUUCAUCGAGUGCUGCGUGGACGGGAACGUGUACGUGCCUCACGCCAUCUGUAACGGGCAGAUCCUCAGCGCCGCCUCCAGCAUCGACAUGAUCGACUCCUCCCCCGGGGGCUACAGGAGGGAGCACGAGGAGCUGUUCUUCCGGGCUCUGUGUCUGUGCCACACGGUCCAGGUGAAGGAGGCAGAGACGGUGGACGGCAUCAAGCAGGGCCUCCACCAGGGCAAGCCCACCACCUUCUACAUCUCCUCCUCCCCCGAUGAGGUGGCCCUGGUGGAGGGCAUGAAGAGAUUGGGGUACACCUACCUGAGAUUGAAGGACAGUCACAUGGAGAUCCUUAACAAAGACGACGAGAUUGAGCGGUUUGAACUGCUGCACGUGCUCAACUUUGACUCUGUCAGGAGGAGAAUGAGUGUCAUCGUCAAGUCCAGCACAGGGGAGUACCUGUUGUUUUGUAAGGGGGCAGACUCCUCCAUCUUCCCCAGGGUGGUCUCAGGGAAGGUGGAGCAGGUGAAGGCUCGCGUGGAACAGAAUGCUGUGGAGGGCUUGAGGACUCUGUGCGUGGCCUACCGCAGACUGUCCCCGGCCGAGUACGAGGAGGCGUGUCACCACCUCAGCAACGCCAAGCUGGCCCUGCAGGACAGGGAGCAUCGCCUGGCGCAGGCUUAUGACAUCAUCGAGAGGGACUUUGUGCUCCUGGGUGCCACAGCAGUGGAGGACAGGCUGCAGGAGAAAGCGGCCGACACUAUCGAGGCGCUCCACAAGGCGGGCAUGAAGGUGUGGGUCCUGACCGGGGACAAGAUGGAGACGGCGGCGGCCACCUGCUACGCCAGCAAGCUGUUCCGACGCAGCACGCAGAUCCUGGAGUUGACUAAGAAACGCACAGAGGAGCAGAGCCUGCAUGACGUGCUGUUUGAGCUCAACAGGACCGUGCUGCGUCAGCGCUCACUCUCAGGGUUGUCUGUCGACUGUCUGGACUUUGGCCUGAUCAUCGACGGUGCCACCCUGUCAGCGGUCCUGAAGCACAGUCCGGAAGGUUCUGGCUCAGGCAGCUACAGGGACGUCUUCCUGGACAUCUGCCGAAACUGCUCCGCCGUGCUCUGCUGUCGCAUGGCGCCCCUGCAGAAGGCUCAGAUUGUGAAGCUCAUCAAGGCUUCUAAGGAGCACCCCAUCACGCUCGCCGUGGGAGACGGGGCCAACGACGUCAGCAUGAUCCUGGAGGCCCACGUCGGGAUCGGCAUCAUGGGUAAGGAGGGCAGGCAGGCGGCGAGGAACAGUGACUACGCCAUCCCCAAGUUCAAACACCUGAAGAAGAUGCUGCUGGUGCACGGACACUACUACUACAUCCGCAUCGCCGAACUGGUGCAGUACUUCUUCUACAAGAAUGUGUGUUUCAUCUUCCCUCAGUUCCUCUAUCAGUUCUUCUGUGGGUUCUCACAGCAGCCCCUGUACGACACGGCCUACCUGACACUGUACAACAUCAGCUUCACCUCUCUCCCCAUCCUCCUCUACAGCCUGGUGGAGCAACACGUCACCAUGGACACACUCAAGAAGGACCCCUCCCUCUACAGGGAUAUAGCUAAGAACUCCCUGCUUCGCUGGCCUGUCUUCCUGUACUGGACGUGUCUGGGCGUGUUCGACGCCGUCGUCUUCUUCUUUGGUGCCUACUUCCUGUUCGACAACACCACCUUCACCAGCAACGGACAGCUAAUGACCACCAACACACAGAUGAUGUUUGGAAACUGGACCUUUGGAACUCUUGUCUUCACUGUGCUAGUCUUCACCGUCACUCUCAAGCUUGCCUUGGACACACAUCACUGGACGUGGAUCAACCAUUUUGUGAUCUGGGGCUCUCUGCUGUUCUACGUCAUCUUCUCUCUGCUGUGGGGGGGCAUCAUCUGGCCCUUCCUGAACUACCAGAGGAUGUACUACGUGUUCAUGCAGAUGCUGUCCAGCGGGCCCGCCUGGCUCAGCAUCAUCCUGCUCAUCACCCUCAGCCUGCUGCCCGACGUGCUCAACAAGGUGCUCUGCAGGGCCCUGUGGCCCAGCGCCACCGAGCAUGCCCAGGACCUUGACAAGCUGUCUCAGAGUGGCGUGUUAGAGGCGACUCCCCCAUCCUCUCGCCGCCUCUCCCCCAAAUCCAGGCUUGCUGACUCCUCCCACUCGCUGCCCAGGGUUCCAGAGCCCCUCCCACUCCGCAGGUCUGAACCCCUCACCCAGAAACUGCUGCUGGCCCACUGGGGUGAAGGGGGAGGGGCCGACUACUGCUCCCUCGGAACCUACAUGCUCCGCCUCUCAGGGGCCGGAUAUGCCUACUGCGCUCCCGGUCCUGAAACCUCCGUGUGAACACACACACACACACAAACCAGCACCAGACUUUUGUGUGGAAAAAUCACCCACUGGUCGAAAAAAAAACAAAUUGUGUGUGUGAAACACCUGUGAAAGUAUAUCAGAUAUCUCCAAGGAUUUUGUUUGUGUGAAACUAACAAACAUUCUCCUGGGAAGAAGCAUGGAACUCUCCUAUACAUACAUUUUUCACCAUGUGCAUUUUGUAACUGCCGUGAAGGCAGUUCAUCUGAUUGGCCAAAACCCUUUAGAAUUGACCUCUGACAUUUUCAACCCACCAUGUGACCUCCAAACCAGAUUGUCAUUGGUCACAUUCGGCCCUUAUUCUCAAGCCCAGUUCAGUCCAUGUCCUGAACGCCUGUCUCCAUGUGAAAAUACUUGAAACAGUCUGCUGUUUAACUCGCUCACAAGAUAACCAUUUAUGAAUGUGUGACCAGUCAUGCACUAAGAAACUGUUGAGAGAGUUAAUGAGUGAAUGUGUCUCAGAAUCUGCCUUUUCUGUUCAUCCAACAUGUUUAUAUUUGAGUAUUCUCAGUGUUGCAUAUCUAUCUCUGUUCAUAUCCUCCUGUCGGUCACUCAACCUGCCAUGUCUUCUGCUUAUCGUUUGGAAUGGUCUGGCUAGGUUAUCGUACCACUCUGGUGUGUGUUUGUGUGUGUUCUAGUGACACCUCUGCCUUACAGCAACCAUACAGCAGACUAGGCGCCAAAGGGGAGGGGGGGGGGGCAUGGAUGAGGGGAGGGAAUCGUUUGAGAAUAUAUUCUACAUUGUAACACACAUCUGAAGCCUUACACACACACACACACACACACACACUUGUUAGAGGACGUAGGGAACAGAGAUGGUUGAGGGACAGCCAUCCUGUUUUAGCUCCUCACUGUCAUCCAACUUGUUUACUCAUUCCUUCACUCGUUCAUUUAUUCAAGGGCAGACACCUACGGUACUGAAGGCCAGGUUCCACAGCCCUUACACAGGACCCUUGAGCAACGUUUUUAGGAGCUGAAUGCCUCUUGUUUUUCACAGCCUCUGCCCUCAUCCACCCAUCUUCAACUCUAUCUUGACCCCCUGGCCGGAGUAGCUAUCCUUGGAGUGCUCAGUCUACACAUGCCUGUCUCUCGAUAUUCCUUGCCUUCCAUAAACACACUCACCUACUCACUCACUCCACCUUGUGGCCAAGCUGGUCGACUGCAGUGUGUUUGUCAGGGACAGGAGUAGCCACAGGACAUCUGUACACCUGCGGAACUCCCCAGGGGACAGAAUGUUCUUCAUUGACGGAUGUUCCAAUCUAGAAUGAUCUACACGUUGUGGUGGCUUAAUUUUUCUCCAGAUUGUGUAUGUUGUGUGUCAUGUGUUUCGCAUCCGGAUAUGGAAUGUCUCUGUUCUACAUUUACCGGUGUUGACCUUAUGUUGGCUUAUGUGUUGAAAAUAAUAUAUGCGAAAUGUUAUGCGGAUAUGAUUAUAAAGUGCAGUUGUUUAUGAUAUGUGGAUGUAACUUAAACUAGGAGAGGUGUCAUUUUGGUAUUGGGGAUUUGAUGGGGGGGGGUCAAAGUCUAUUGAAAACAGAGGACACUUGAAUCUUACAGCGAUGUCACAAUCAAAUCCAUGUUUCUAGAAUGUUCUUCUGACGCAUGUCUGACGUGUCCUCUCUAGCUGAAGAUUGUAGAUCGUUUAUGAAUGAUAAAUCUAUUUUCUACAUUUCUAACAAGUGAAGGUGAAGCAAACCUCUUGCCUUUGUCUAACGCUCGUCAAUUGCAUUUGUUUGUGGGCUCUGAAAGCGUUGUGUUUUCCCUCUCGCUUUCACGCACUGAUACCAGACCUGGAUUGAGUUAACCAGUGAGUUAGUUUUAAAAUGAUUAAAUACUUUGCCAUAAAACAUUUCAUAAGAGACAUGAUGCAUGGGUGGGUUUUGAAUGUUUGGUUCCACUGUGCUAAACAAGACCUACUACACCCAGAUAGAUAUGAUAUGUUUUGAGCUGGUGUUUUGGCCCAGGUCUGGUAUUAAUGUGAAGAGGGUAUAAGUUAACGUGUUCCUUCAGAAGCUCAAGAGGUUUGUUCUGCACUGUCUUUGUAGCAAACAAACCUGAGUCAAAUACAGUUCAGAUACUUGACACAUCACACAUGUCUUAAGUCCCUGGGGUGAAUUUGAUUUGGAUUAAAGUUUUCCUCUUGGUUUUUUCUGCACUAGGUGAAGAAAAUCUAACAUAUGUCAAGGAUAUGACAGAAUCUACAGUUUGUAUGUGACCCAGGUUUUGUUGACCACAAGUCACAAAUGUCAUUUCAUGCAAUGUUAUAAUUACAGCCCGCUGUCUUUCAAAAUCCACAGCAACAAAAAACACCAUUCUGUGACAAACCAUAACACACAAAGAAUUGUAUAUUUGUUAUUGUCAGACAGAAGUAUUUUUGUGUAUCUUGUGUCAAAUUAUUAGAAAAGGGGAAACAUAUAUUUGUCUCACAUUCUAUCUUAUCAUGUCACUAAUGUAUUUGUUUAUCAAUUGGAAAACUUUUUUUUGCUACUUUUGUAUCCUGGACAAAAACAUAUACUAUUUUAACUCUAUUUAUUUAGGAUUUUGUUGUUUUGUAACAACCAAAAUGAGUAGGCUUAGUCACAACCACACACUGAACCAAUCGACCACCCUGCACUUUUGCCAUCACCUGACUAGUUUAUCCCUUGAAACUAAGGUCUAUAAUGUAGGUUGCGUGCACUGAGUUUUAUAUAAUAGGCUAACCACUCAACAGAUUAUAUAUUUAUCUUAUUUUUUUCGAAAGAAUAUAGUGGGCGAAACGUGUGACCAAAUAACUAUAUCUAAACUGAAAUAUCAGAUGUCAGUCACUGUUGUUCAUCAGUAAACUGCACUACCAGCCUUUACCGCUAAUCGAGAAUGUUCAACGGCUUCGAUGAAACCAUCAUCAGCACAAGCUCGUCGCUCCUUAUGAGCGCGGCAACAGGCCAACGUCGACUCGUCCUCUGGGCUACUUGGAUACUGGGGCUAAAACUACAAAACAGUAUGCUGCAUCUCUCACUCACAAUACUGUUUUCAACUGUCAUUUUUGUAUGGAGAUUUAAAAAGAUGUUAACCGUGUCGACAUUUUUGCAAGCCUACCUGUAGCGAAUGAGGGCAAAGCACUGUAUUGUCAUUCUGCUUGUAAUAAAGAAAUU